CCAGUUUCAGUAUAUGUACGGCUGAAGUGGGCUCUGGCAUUGUCAGGAGCUGGCCCUUGGCUGUCCCCAAGGCCUGGCCUCACUUACCCUCUGACCCCUGCCCAGUGCCAGGAUGGUGGAGACUGGCCUGAAGGGCUGGUUGCUCUGGGCCCUGCUCCUACACUCGGCCCAGAGUGAGGUGUACACACCCAUACACCAGCCUGGCUACUGCGCCUUCUACGAUGAGUGCGGGAAGAACCCGGAGCUGUCUGGAAGCCUGGCUUCACUGUCCAAUGUGUCCUGCCUGGACAACUCACCUGCUCGCCACAUCACAGGUGACCACCUGGCCCUCCUACAAAGCAUCUGUCCCCGUCUCUACACCGGCCCCAACACCACCUAUGCCUGCUGCUCCUCCAAGCAGCUGGUGGCCCUGGACAUGAGCCUGCGGGUCACCAAGGCCCUCCUCACCCGCUGUCCCGCCUGCUCUGACAACUUCGUGAGCCUGCAUUGCCACAACACCUGCAGCCCCAACCAGAGUCUCUUCAUCAACGUGACCCGAGUGGUCACGCAGGCGGACAACCAGUCCCAGGCCGUGGUGGCCUACGAGGCCUUCUACCAGCGCAGCUUCGCCGAGCAGACCUACAACUCCUGCAGCCGUGUACGCAUCCCCGCGGCUGCCGCACUGGCCGUGGGCUCCAUGUGUGGCGUCUAUGGCUCUGCCCUCUGCAACGCCCAGCGCUGGCUCAAUUUCCAGGGGGACACGAGCAAUGGCCUGGCACCCCUGGACAUCACCUUCCACCUGUGGGAGCCUAGCCAGGCAGAGGGGAGCGUGAUACAGCCUCUAAAUGAUGAGGUCGUGCCCUGCAACCAGUCCCAGGGGGAUGGUGCAGCGGCCUGUUCCUGCCAGGACUGUGCCGCCUCCUGCCCUGUGAUUGCCCAGCCCCAGGCCCUGGACCCCACCUUCCGCCUGGGCCGGAUGGAAGGGAGCCUGGCCCUCAUUAUCAUCCUCUGCUGUCUCUUUGUCUUGCUCACGGCCUUCCUCAUGCGGCCCCGCCUGGCCGAGUGGUGCAGGGGCAAGCGCAAGACGCCCAAAGCCAAGGCAAGCAUCAGCCUGGCCCACAGGCUCAGCCUCUCCACCCACACCCUCCUCAGCCGCUGGUUCCAGUGCUGGGGCACAUGGGUGGCCUCGUGGCCACUGACCAUCCUGGCGGUUUCUGUGGUCGUGGUGGGGGUCCUGGCAGGGGGCCUGGCUUUUAUAGAACUGACUACGGACCCUGUGGAGCUGUGGUCGGCCCCCAAUAGCCUCGCCCGACGUGAGAAGGCAUUCCACGACAAGUAUUUCGGCCCCUUCUUCCGAACUAGCCAGGUAUUCAUGACGGCACCUCACCGGCCCAGCUAUAGGUAUGACUCCCUGCUGCUGGGGCCCAAGAACUUCAGCGGGAUCCUGUCCUCGGAUCUGCUGCUGGAGGUGCUGGAAUUGCAGGAGAGGCUGCGGCAUCUGCAGGUGUGGUCGCCAGACGAGCAGCGGAACGUCUCCCUGCGGGACACCUGCUACGCCCCCCUUAACCCACAUAACGCCAGUCUGUCCGACUGCUGCGUCAACAGCCUCCUGCAGUACUUCCAGAACAACCGCACUCAGCUGCUGCUCACAGCCAACCAGACGCUGUCAGGGCAGACCGCCCAGGUGGACUGGAGGGACCACUUCCUCUACUGCGCCAAUGCCCCCCUCACCUACAAAGAUGGCACGGCCCUGGCCCUGAGCUGCAUGGCUGACUAUGGGGCGCCCAUCUUCCCCUUCCUCGCCGUGGGGGGCUACAAAGGAAAGGACUAUUCUGAGGCAGAGGCCCUGAUCAUGACCUUCUCCCUCAACAAUUACGCUCCUGGGGACCCCAAGCUGGCCCAGGCUAAGCUCUGGGAGGGAGCCUUCUUGGAGGAGAUGCGAGCCUUUCAGCGUCGGACAGCUGGUGUGUUCCAGGUCACAUUCAUGGCGGAGCGUUCCCUGGAGGAUGAGAUCAACAGCACCACGGCCGAAGACCUGCCCAUCUUUGCUGUUAGCUACCUUGUCAUCUUCCUGUAUAUCUCCCUGGCCCUGGGCAGCUACUCCAGCUGGCGUCGGGUACCGGUGGACUCCAAGGCCACGCUGGGCCUGGGCGGGGUGGCCGUGGUGCUGGGAGCAGUCGUGGCCUCUAUGGGCUUCUUCUCCUACCUGGGUGUCCCUUCCUCACUGGUGAUCCUUCAAGUGGUGCCCUUCCUGGUGCUUGCCGUGGGGGCCGACAACAUCUUCAUCUUCGUUCUUGAGUACCAGAGGCUGCCUCGGAGGCCUGGGGAAGAACGGGAGGCCCACAUCGGCCGAGCCCUGGGCAGAGUGGCCCCCAGCAUGCUUCUCUGCAGCCUCUCUGAGGCCAUCUGCUUCUUCUUAGGAGCCCUGACCCCCAUGCCAGCUGUACGGACCUUUGCCCUGACCUCCGGCUUUGCAGUGCUUCUUGACUUCCUGCUACAGAUGUCAGCCUUCGUCGCCCUGCUCUCCCUCGACAGCAGGAGGCAAGAGGCCUCCCGGAUGGACAUCUGCUGUUGCAAGACAGCCCGGAAGCUGCCCCCACCGAGCCAGGAUGAGGGGCUCCUGCUUGGAUUCUUCCGCAAGUUCUAUGUCCCAUUCCUGUUCCACUGGCUCACCCGCGUGGUCGUGGUGCUGGUCUUCCUGGCUCUGUUCGGAGCGAGUCUCUAUUUCAUGUGCUACAUCAAUGUGGGCCUGGACCAGCAGCUGGCUCUGCCCAAGGACUCAUACCUGAUCGACUAUUUCCUCUUUAUGAACCGCUACUUUGAGGUGGGGGCCCCGGUCUAUUUUGUCACCACUGGGGGCUACAACUUCUCCACUGAGGAAGGAAUGAAUGCUAUCUGCUCCAGUGCAGGCUGCAACAACUUCUCCUUAACCCAGAAGAUCCAGUACGCCACCGACUUCCCUGAUGUGUCUUACCUGGCCAUCCCCGCCUCCUCCUGGGUGGACGACUUCAUUGACUGGCUGACUUCAUCUUCCUGCUGCCGCCUUUAUAUCUCUGGUCCCAAUAAAGAUGAGUUCUGCCCCUCGACUGUCAACUCCCUGGCUUGCUUGAAGACCUGUGUGAGCCCCACAGCAGGCUCUGCUCGGCCAUCAGUGGAGCAGUUCCACAAAUAUCUUCCCUGGUUUCUGAGUGACGAGCCCAACAUCAAAUGUCCCAAAGGGGGCCUGGCAGCAUACAGCACCUCAGUGAAUAUGAGCUCAGAUGGCCAGAUUUUAGCCUCGCGGUUCAUGGCCUACAACAAGCCGCUGAAAAACUCGCAGGAUUUCACAGAGGCUCUGCGGGCAACUCGGGCGCUGGCAGCCAACAUCACUGCCGACCUGCGGAAGGUGCCAGGCACCGACCCAGAUUUUGAGGUCUUCCCUUACUCGGUCACCAACGUGUUCUAUGAGCAGUACCUGACCAUAGUUCCCGAGGGGCUCUUUAUGCUCACCAUCUGCCUGGUGCCCACCUUUGUCGUCUGCUGCUUCUUGCUGGGCAUGGACGUCCGCUCUGGUCUCCUCAACCUCUUCUCCAUCAUCAUGAUCCUGGUGGACACUGUGGGCUUCAUGACGCUCUGGGACAUCAGCUACAACGCUGUGUCCCUCAUCAACCUGGUCACGGCGGUGGGCAUCUCUGUGGAGUUCGUGUCCCACAUCACCCGCUCCUUUGCCAUCAGUACCAAGCCCACACGGCUGGAGAGGGCUAAGGAGGCCACCGUCUCCAUGGGCAGUGCGGUGUUUGCAGGAGUGGCCAUGACCAACCUGCCUGGCAUCCUCGUCCUGGGCCUGGCCAAGGCGCAGCUCAUCCAGAUCUUCUUCUUCCGUCUCAACCUCCUCAUCACCGUGCUGGGCCUGCUGCAUGGCCUGGUCUUCCUGCCUGUCAUCCUCAGCUACCUGGGGCCCGAUGUCAACCCAGCUCUGGUGCAGCAGCAGAAGCAGGAGGAGGAGGCAGCUGCAGCCAAGGAGACCUCUUGCUCAAAACACUCCACCCCGAUGAGCACUGAUGAUGGUGUCUACGUCAACUACAGCUUUGAACAUCCUGCCAAGAGUGCAGGAGGCCUCUCGAGCUCUCCAUCAGAGAACAGGCAGAAGUUCUGAUGGGGCCAGAGCACCUGUCCAAGCUCAAUCGGCCAUGACCUGAGGGGCCACGAAAGCUCCUCCUGAGGGUCCUUUGACCUAUCCUUCCCCCAGGCCCUCAGAGAGGAUGUCUCCACAGGACCGCCCACCAUUGGUCACCCUCUGGCCGCCAGAUCUCACCCAUAAAGACACCAAUUGUGAUGGAGGUGGCACAUGAUGGCUUGGGUGUGACCUGGUCCAAAUCCGUCUCUUAAAUUUGACAUGUGUCCUCCUCAUGCAAGUUUUAAAACUUUAGUUCCAUAUAUGUGAACAACAUAUACGUUCACAUUUAAAAUUUUCCUUAAUCGAUGCCAUACGUGACCUAACCUUUUGCAAUGAGGUUUUUUUUUUAUGCAGCAUGCAUUUUUUUGAUUUAUUCAUGUCGAUACAUGGAGAUCUAGUCCAAUCAUUUUAACUGCGAUGCAGCUUUCCAUUGUGUGAAUGAACAGAUGUUUUUUAUCCAUUCCCCUGCUAGUGGGCAAUCACAUUGUCCUCAAUUAUUUUUCUGCUAUAAGUCCACAGUCACUUAUGUGUAAUUUCAGAACCCCCAGAACUCUGAAAACCUAGUGCAUUUGUCUUUUUCUUUUGUAAGUUUGGGACAAACUCAUUUCCUAGCAAAGACUGAUCAGACACGAUGUAUCUAUUUAUACUGUUUAUAAAUAGGCUUCCCUGGUGGCUCAGAUGGUAAAGAAUUUGCCUGCAAUGCAGGAGAUUCAGGUUCCAUCCUCGGGAUGGGAAGAUUCCCUGGAGAAGGAAAUGGCAACCUACUCCAGUAUUCCUGUCUGGAGAAUUCCAUGGACAGAGGAGCCUGGUGGGCUAUAGUCCAUGGGGUUGCAAAGAGUCAGACACAACUGAGCGACUAACACUUCUUUUUUUUUUUUUUUUAAAUAGGAUACUUACACUCUUCAACCAACUUGAUGUGAAUAGUCAUAUAUUUCAGCACAUUAACAAGUUUGAUUUCAUGUUGCUACCCCAGAUACUGAUGAGGUCUAAUAUCUAAUGUACUGUAAGCAUCAAAUUACGUUUCUGAAAAAAUGUUCUAAAUUCUGAAAUUCGGCUCACAUAUGGGACUUCAGGUAUGGAACCAUGGACCUGUGUGAUGAGCAGGUGUUUACACGUCUCCUGUCUGUGUGUGGGGAGCUACAAUCGCUGUAGCACUGAAAGGAUACGGAGUCUGCCCUAUGCACACCUCCACCCCAUAAGGGUGCCUCUUUCCCGGCACCAACACCAACACAACACUCCACUUGUUUCUGGGAGGGAGGGGAGUGGGGUUAUAGAUUGUUAUCCCUUUUUAAAAAAUACUUUUUUUAAAAAUAAAACUUUUUGUUAGAAUAGUUUUGCAGGAAAAUUACAAAGAUAAUACAGAGAGUUCCUGUAUGCCCCCCGCCCGCCCCCCAAAAUUUACCCGAGUAACACAUUAGUGUGAUACACUUGUCAGUGUACCAUGAAUGAACCAGUACUGAUAAUUACUACUAACCAAAAUCCAUAUUUUGCUUAGAUUUCUGUAAUUUUACCCAGGCUCCUUUUUCUGAGCCAGGAUCCUGUCCAGGACACUCCACAACACUCGGUUGUUAUGUUUCCUUAGUCUCCUUUCAUUUCUGACAGUAUGUCAGGCUCUCCUUUUCUUUGUUUUUGGUGACCUGGACAGUUGAAGACUGGUCAGGUGUUUUAAAGAAUGUCCUUCAAACGGGGUUUGUCUAGUAUUUCUCCCGAUUAGACAAAGGUGAUGGGUUUUUCGGAGGGAGACCACGAGGCAGAGAGCCGGUCUCAGCCCAUAGUGUCAAGGGUGCCUGCGGUCACCAUAGCUUGUCGCUGUCACGCUGACUGUGACUGCCUGGCUGAGGUUGUGUCGGCCAGGCGUCUCCUCUGUACACUUGCUCCUGUCUGCAUGCUGCACUCUUUGGAGGGAAGUUGCUAUGCACAGUCCACACUUAAGGGUGAGUGGUUAUGCUCUACUUUCCGGAGGGUGGAGUGUUUGCAUAAAUUAUUUGGAACUCUUCUGAACAGGAAAAUUGUUCUCCUCCAUUUAUUAUUUAUUCAGUAUGCUAUCUUUAUCAGUAUGGAACCAAGGAUGGUCAGUUUUUACUUUGGGUUUUGAUAUAGUGACUCUUUGCUCCACAUUUGGCCACUGGGAAGUCUUCCAGUUGGCUCCUAGGUCCCUUUGACAUAUUCCCUUCACUGUGGGUUUUUUCCCCUCUUUGUGAGCACUUCCGUACUUCCUGACAUUAUAAGAUGGUACAGGCUCAACUUGUAUAUUUCUGUCUUAGUCCUAGAGUCAGCCAUUUCUCUCAGGAGUUCCAGCCCUUCAUCUGGAGAUAAGUUUAGAAAUCAGGAUCUGGGUGUUCAGUGUGUUGCUGCUGGGGCUUUGUUGCUUCUGAUCCUCUCAGCUGAGAGAGCAAGGGCAUACAUAUGUUAAUACUGACCUGUGUAUGUACACAUUUCUAGAAAUAUUUCUAUGAAAAGCCAUCUGUAUCUACACUAAAAAGGAGUUUAUGCUGAUGCCUCCAGUUCUAACCCAUAACCACAUGAAUCAUUCCAGACUCCUUUCUUGCUUCUCUGGAGCCUCUCAUGCCACUAAAGAGAAGCCGGGCUCCACCACCCUCACCAUUUACUUAGUUGUUGAUUACCUUUACGCAUAUGGAGAAGUCUCAGAAAUGAUAACCUACACUCCUGUGGAAAACAACUUUAGAAUUUAGUGUUUACAUACAAUUCCUUUUGCCUUUAGUCUUACAGACACCAUUCCUUUCCAGAGUUACGUGGGUUAGCAUCUUUCAGAUGGGGUCAGUAUCCCUUUCAGAGAAGCUGCUUUAUACAUUUAAAAAAUAUUUAUUUAUUUAUUUUUGGCUGAGCUAGGUUUUUGUUUCCGCCUUCGGGCUUUCUCUAGUUGCAGAGAUCGGGGGCUACUCUUUAGUUGUGAUGCAUGGGCUUCUCAUUGCAGUGGCUUCUGUUGUUGUAGAGCACAGACUCUAAGUGCAUGGGUUCAGUAGUUGUGGGGCACAGGUUUAUUUGUUCUGCAGCAUGUGCAAUAUUCCCAGACCAGGCAUUGAACUCGUUUCUCCUGCACUGGCAGGAUUCUUGACCCCUGGACCACCAGGGAAGCCCUUAUAUAUUUUUAAUAUAGUUAGAUUCUUGCAUCACAUUCUUUGUUCCAUUCUGAUUUUACAAAAUCACAUGUGUAAAAGUUUGUUGGGGGUAUUCAGGAGAACAUGAUCCCUGGUUGACCCUCUAGCUAGACCCAGGCAAUGGAAAACUCCUCACCCUUUCCUCUGUCCUUGUAAUGUAUGCUCUGCCUACCAUUCCCUCACCAACAGUUGUUUUCAACAACAUCUUCCCCUCUCAAUACCUUGAGAGGGGAAGAUGUUUUUGAGCCCAUCUGGACAGUGUAUGUGAUUGAACCCAGUUAAGGUGUCUGUAUAAACAUUUACGAUUCUGGCAAAGUGGAUGUGAAAAUAUACUGGUCUUGGGGCUGCCCAGGACAAGUCUUGUAACUUUCCUUGCUUAUUAAACCUCCUACCUACCAGUC